AUGGGGCGAGGUAGAUCUGACUCCCGCUCCCGCUCGAGGGGCCGCGAGGGUGAUGCGGAUCGAAUCCAGGACAUGGUCGACGAGAGGCAGGCGGCCCGGCGCGACCGCGAUUUUGACAAGGCCGAUCGCAUGAGAGAGGAGCUCAAAGAUAUGGGCGUCAGAAUAGAUGACACACAGCUGACCUGGAAUGCUCCUGGGGGCCUGAGGGGCGUGGUGAACAAUCCAGGCGGCAAGGGACCCAUCGAGCGGCGUGAUGGCGACUGGAACUGCCCGAAUUGCGGGAAGCUGGUCUUUGCGGCCAAGGAUACGUGCUUCUCCUGCGGGGAGACCAGGCCCAGUGGAGGCCGCGGCGAUGGCGGCCGUGGGGGCCGUCGCCGCAGGGAUGACAGCCGCGAUGACCGGAGGCGUCGCCGCCGCGACGAGGGCCGCGGACGCCGCCGCCGUAGGGACAGGGACUAUGAGUCAGAAUACGAGUACUCCGAAGAGCCACGCAGAUGA